AUCUGCAGAGCUGUACAGUCAGACUGUUCUGUUGAGCUAAUUGAGUUUUUCUUUGUGAUUUAUGGAUGAAGGGUUUAUUACAACUCUGAAACUGGAGAAUUCCUCUGAAUGGAAAUGAUCACUAUGAGGAUCUACUAACAAACCUGUCUGAUUUGAAGAGAACCGACAUCAGAGAGCUAGAGCUUUCACACACCUGAGUGAAAGUGAAAGUGUGAGUGUUCUUUGACAGAAAGAAGCUCCAGGUACAGAAAAUGGCUUCCAGAUCUUUCUCAGAGGAAGAUCUCUCAUGUCCUGUGUGCUGUGAGAUCUUUAAGGAUCCUGUUGUCCUGCACUGUAGCCACAGUGUGUGUAAAGAGUGUCUACAGAGGUUCUGGGAGACCAAAGGGUCCAGAGAGUGUCCAGUUUUUAGGAGAAGCUCUUCAAUGGAAUAUCCUCCCAGAAACCUGGCUUUAAAGAACCUGUGUGAGACCUUCUUACAGGAGGGAGGUGAGAGAUCUUCAGCAGGGUCUGAAACACUCUGCAGUCUGCACAGUGAGAAACUCAGACUCUUCUGUCUGGAUGAUCAACAGCUCGUGUGUUUGGUGUGUCGAGAUUCUAAAAAACACACAAACCACAAAUUCCUGCCCAUUCAGGAAGCAGCACUGGACUAUAAGGAAGAGCUCAGAACAUCUCUGAAGCCCCUAAAGGAGAAACUGGAGAUCUUUAAAGGGUGUAAACUGAACUGGGAUCGGACUGCAGGACAUAUAAAGACUCAGGCACAGCACACAGAGAAGCAUAUUAAGGAGAACUUUGAGAAGCUUCACCAGUUUCUCCGAGAUGAAGAGGCAGUCCAAAUCGCUGCCCUGAGGGAGGAAGAGGAGCAGAAGAGUCAGAUGAUGAAGGAGAAGAUUGAGAAGAUGAGUAAAGAGAUAUCAGCACUUUCAGAUGUAAUCAGAGCCGUAGAAGAGGAGAUUGGAGCUGAAGAUGUUUCAUUCCUACAAAACUAUAAGUCCACAGUGAAAAGAACCCAGUGCACACUGCAGGACCCAGAGAGCCAAUCAGGAUUUCUGCUCAAUGUGGGGGAACAUCUGGCCAACCUGAAGUUCACAGUCUGGAAGAAGAUGCAGGAGAUCGUUCAGUUUACUCCUGUAACUCUGGACCCAAACACUGCUCAUCCUCAACUCAUCGUGUCUGAUGAUCUGACCAGUGUGAGAUACAGCCCUGAGAUACAGCAGCUUCCUGAUAAUCCAGAGAGGUUUGAUGGAGUUGAAUGUGUUGUGGGUUCUGAGGGCUUUAACUCAGGAACACACUGCUGGGAUGUUGAAGUUGGAGACAAUGAUGUGUGGGGUUUGGGUGUGAUUACAGAAUCUGCUCAGAGAAAGGGGGACAUAUAUUCCAGAAGUGGAAGGUGGAUCCUGUUCUCUAUCAAUGGUGAAUAUGGAACUUGUUCUUCACCACAGUCAGCCACUCACCUCUCAGUAUCACAGAAAGUGCGGAGGGUCAGAGUUGAGCUGGACUGGGACAGAGGAAAACUCUCAUUCUCUGAUCCUCUCACUAACACACACCUACACACCUUCAAACACACUUUCACUGAGAGAGUGUUUCCUCGGUUUGGUACCAUUAGCAGCUGUCCGCUUACUAUCAGUCCAGUUGGGUAGAGUAUAUAAGGGUGUUUUCACCCAUUGUUUUGCAUUGCAUUGCAUUGUUUGGUCUGGACUUUCAGACUUUUCACCCAGAAGAACAUUUUAUUGCACGAAUGUUGACCUUUAAUGUCUUAGGUCAGGGGUGUCCAAACUACGUCCCGCGGCCCAUUUGCAGCCCGUUUCCUAUUUUGGAGCGGCCCGCGAGGUAUUUUAGAAAUAGAAUGAAAGUUGGCCCGCUGUUGAGCAGGUUUUUAUAAUGUGAGAUUCAAAGUUUGAACGCUAGGUGUCAGAAACGGGCCAAAGAGUCUAAAAGCGGAGAGAGUGCGCAUUUCUAGCGCAGAAAAACGUGCCAGAGUCUAAAAGUUGCCAUAAUUAAGGAGUUUAAUAUUAAGAGACAUCAUGAAAUUAAACAUCAAUUUGAAAAAUCUUAGUUUACACAACACUGUCAAAGAUAAAGAUAGUAAGUCAAGUAAAAUGGUGUGUAAAUGAAAUAAUCAGGAAAAUGUAUUAUUUAAAGUGGUAUAUUUCAUUAUUUGUUUUAUUACAGAGUCUGUGGCCCGUGACUUCAAAUAUAUUUCUCCUUCUCGCCCCCAACAAAAAAAGUGUGGACACCCC